AUGAGGGCGCUGCCCCCGCGCUGGGCGGCCCUGGCUGUGCGAGCGGCGGGAGGGCGGUGGGCGCCGCCCGUCCCCCGCCGCGGUCGCAGCGGCCCCGGUCCGCCCCCGCCGCGGGAGUGGGCGCUGUCGGUGAGCCCGCGGGGGCGGCUGCGGGUGCGGCUGCCAUGCCAGGUGAGCAUCCGCCCGCUGGAUCCGCAGCGCUACCCGGGCGCGGACCGGCUCCUGGUGGCCGUGAGCGGCGGGAGCCCCGGGCGCCGCGGGCGGGAGCGGGACCCGGACCCGGUCCCGGUGCGGGUGGAGCACGACGAGGCGCUGGGGCAGGUGGCGAUCGUGGCGGACGGCGUGGACAGCAAGGCCGCCGUGGACGUCCGGACGCCGGCGAAGUUCGAUUUGGAUAUCAAAACAUCUGGGACUGGCUGCGUGAAGAUUCAGAAAAUAGAAUGUGAUAACUGCAAAAUAGAAACAGAGAAGGGGACUAGUGUCUUGCAGUCAAUAAAGAGCCAUAAAAUUGAUAUACGAACAAAUGGUGGCAAAGUAAUUGGUCUUGGAACACUUUAUGGAAAUACAGACAUUUGUGCAACAGAAAAGGGGAGUGUAAAUAUAGAGAAGCUGCAGGGGACAACCAUCAAUAUAUCUACUGAAGAUGGGCUGCUGAAAACCAAGUAUCUCUAUGCAGAAUCAGCAUCUCUGUCUUCAGAAUCUGGUGAUAUUAUGCUGGGAAGUGUUCAUGGUAAUACCAACCUACAGACCAAAACAGGGAGCAUCACAGUAGAUUCAUCAGAUGGAAGUUUAAAAGCUUCUACGCAUCAUGGGACAAUAGAUGUUUAUGUCAGUCAAUUAAGAAAAGUGGAUCUGAAAUCCCAGAAAGGUUCAAUUACAGUCAAGGUACCUGCAUCUCUCCAAGCCUAUUUAGAGCUUUCUGGAAGAAAAGUGGAUGUGAGCUCAGAGAUCCAGUUAAAAGACACACAGAGUGCCUCCAAAGAUGAUCAUGUAACUAUAAGAGGUCACAUGAAUCAAAGGGAUGAAACAGACAAAUGGAUUAAGGCUGCCACACAAAAUGGCAAAGUGUAUCUUAAAAGCCAAAGCUGGAUCCAGUCUGUCAAGCUGAAGAGUUCUUAAAGGUGAAGGAGGCCAAAGAGAUUAGAUCAAGAAAGUACAAAGGAACAUUUCUGUAAAAUUAUGAAACUUUUUGGAUGAAUAUUCUUAAUAUAAAAGAGAAACUAUUAAAAAUGAGAGCAUUUUAACCCAAGAUUUGCCUGUGACAGUGCUGGUGCUAAACAGUCUGGUUUACUAUUAGUGCCUUUUAGGAACAAGAUGAUCUUACAUAUUCAGGAUGUAUAUAACUUGACCCACUUACUAUAUCAGUUUAAAAGCUGGUGCCUUUCAAACAAAACUUUGGAGUUGUCAUUUAAGAAAUAAAAACAACAAAAAAAAUUC